AUGGAAAAGCUCGGCGUAGUGCAGCUGGAAGGAGCGAGGAAUUGGAGUGUCUGGCGAUUCCAGAUGACCGUGAUUUUGCGGGAUCAAGGAUUGUACAAAAUUGUCUCGAGUCCUAAUGUCAAACAUGGCGGUGCGGCGGAAACUACAAAGACCGGUCAGGCGUCGGCGGAGCCCGAGCAGGCGUCGGUAGAGAAGGAUAUAAAGGCGAUGAGUGCAAUUGUGACAAGAUUGGCGGAACCAGUUCUACAUCACGUAAUUACUUGUCAAACAGCUCACGAAGUGUGGAGUCGGCUACACAGUAUUUAUGAAAAAAGUGGAGAAACUUCACUGAUGCUACAACAACAACGAUUCUUUGCCCUAAAAUUUGAAGAUGACAUGAGUGUCGCGGACUUCAUCUCCAAAGUGCAGGAGCAGCAGCAGACCUUGAAACGACUGGGAGAAGCGGUAACCGACAGGAUGGCUAUGUCGAAGAUCAUCAUGUCACUUCCACUGAAGUAUGCUCACUUUGUUAGUGCUUGGGAAUCGUGUGCAGAAGAAAAACAGACUAUGAACAACUUAACGGCACGGCUCUUGGUAGAAGAAGAACGGCUUAAUAAUAAGUGUAGUAGUAAGGCAGAAGAAAGUGUAGCAUUGUUUUCUAAAGGUCAAAAAGGUACAAAUAAAGGUAAUUUUAAAUGUUUUUUAUGUCACAAGCCAGGUCAUUUAAAGAAAGAUUGCAAGCUUAAAAAUGUUUGUUUUAAAUGUAACAAGCCAGGUCAUUUUAAGGAUAAAUGUAAAGCUAGUAAAAAUGAUAAGAAAGAUAAAGAAAAUAGUGACAAAGGUAAUAAGAAAACUGAAAGUGCUUUUGUAUCUACAGUGCUAGUUAGUGCAAGUGAUCGAUCAAUAGAUGAAAAAUGGUUAGUAGACAGCGGUGCUAGUCACCAUAUGACAUAUCAGAAGGAAUUAUUUUGUGAAUAUGAAAAAUUAUCUACUCCUAAAGUUGUUAUUAUAGGCGAUGGACGAAAGCUAAAUGCUUUAGGUAUAGGAAAAGUAAAAAUAAUGGCAUUUGAUGGUGAAGAAUAUGUCUGUUGCUCAAUAAACAAUGUUUUGCAUGUUCCUAAAUUAAAAAUUAAUUUAUUUUCUGUAGGUAGUGUGGUAUGCAAUGGUUUUCAUGUUAGUAUGACAAAUGACAAGUGUGUAUUUUCAAAGAAUAAUAGAGUGUGUGCUAUUGCUAAUAAGGAAUCAUGUUCUAAGCUGUAUGUAAUGGAUUUUAAGUCAGAGUCUUUGCAGGCUAAUGUAGCUAAAGUUGAGUUAAAGAAAAAUGCAGUGGAAAUAGUGAGAGAUGUUACGUUUGUGAAGAAACAUAAUAAACCUGAAAGAGAAGAGCAGGAAGAAAAGUGUAUAUAUUUAGAUAUAGAAGAAAACCUGAACAAUGAAGAAUACCAGUCUGAGUCGGAUACUGAAGGAAGUGUAGAAUUCGAGGAUUGUCAGGUCAAUGACAAUAUGAUGCAAGAAGUUGAAUUUCUAGAAGAGGAAAUUUUAGAGCAUGAAGAAAUUCAAGAAGUAAAUGAAAGUAUGCCAGUAAAUUUAGAAAAUACUAGAAGAACACGCUCUAGAAAAGCACCUAACUGGUUUCAUGACUAUGAAGUUGGUUUUAUAAGCGUGCAUAAUGAACCUAGUACUUUAAAAGAAGCCAUGGAAUGCGAAGACAAAGAAAAUUGGAUAGAAGCUAUGAACAGAGAAAUAACUACAUUGAAAGAAAACAAUACAUGGACUGAAGUAGCGAUGCUGCCCAAGGGGAUAAAGGCAAUAAACAAAAAAAUAAAUGAUGGUUGUGUAAGUCUAUCCUAUGUUAGUAGUAGUGAUAAUCUUGGUGAUGUGUUUACUAAGACUUUAGGAAGACAAUUGUAUGUAAAACUUAGAAGUAAGAUUUUAAAA